CACAUCAUGGCCAUUGGGGGCCUUGCUGGAAUACCUCUAUAAAGAAGAACUUUCUUACCAUCUAUAUGUUGGUUACCUUGAGGUACAUCUAUUCUAGAAAGGGCUAACCAUAAGAAAUGAAUUUUAAUGUCUGGAAUAUCAAAGAGAUGCUCAGUAUUCCCUCAGGCUCUGGGACCACUAAGUCAUCUAGCUGGAAUAAUAAUCAGACUGAUUACUCCAGUCUCAGUGAUUCCCAGUUCCUCUUUGGAUCCCAGUUCUGUCCAGAAAGUUCAGAGACUCUGUCAGCACCCUUGGACAGUGUCCACUUGAGACAACCAAAACAGUCACAACAGAAUUCUCUGGACAGUGAACCUAGUAUUUUCACAAAGUACCAGACAAAACCCCAGCUGUUUGGAGGAGAUACAAACGACAGAGGCUUAUUUCCUCUUCCUUUGUCAGUUGGGAAAUCAAAGGGCCUCUUGGAACAGUUUGAAGAGAAAAAGAAAAGGGCAAAAGACAAAUGUGACAGUGAGACUCUAUACAACUUCAUUUCCCAUAUCAGAGAAAGCAUUCACAGGUUGCAGACAUCUGUGGAAAAGUCUGAGGAACAUCUCAGCUCAAGAAGCCAAUCUAUUUUGGAUUGUUUGGAGACUGUGGCCAAGACAUUACAAGAGACUGUGCGGGCCCAGAGUGAUCUGGUGUUGGAAACAGUGCAUGACAAAGGCAACAUGGAGCAGGUCAUCUUUGAGAUACAGAAGAGAUUUGAAGCUAGACAAGCAGAAUUUAUAGAAAUGAAAUCUGACCUGAAGCAACUUGAAGUUUUAGUUGCCCAGCAGAGUAAGGACUUCCAGCGGCUGUGUGAGCAGCUAGGCCAGCUGAAUGUGGCCAGUGUCCUGGCAGAGCUGAAGAGAUUGAUUUCAGCCCCUCGGGGCCCCACGCACGUGAAAGACAGCACUUCCCAGACCUCACCACCUCUGGCCCAGAGCCUCCAUUUCACCAGGCAGGACACAUAUGCUUCUGAGGAACCAGUUCUGUGGCAGGCUCAGGCCCCCCCUGCUGUACAGAAUCUGAGUAUGGGUUCCCUGCAGCCUGGAGAGUUUGGUGUCUGUGGUGAGGGAGCAAAAAGUGAUGCUCUCCAAGAAGAGGCUGCGCUGAUGGCAGCUGGAACCAGCAAAAGAAACAGGCAAGUCAAGGACAGGGCAGUACAGACCAACUGCGAGAACUGGACCCUCCCUAAAACCAGCUCAGAGAACCAUGGCUCCGGCUUCCCAGGCCCCGAAGUUCCUGGUGGUAGGGACUGGGUUUCCCAAGGAGCCUCAAGGCUUCUACCCCUGGACUUGAACAACUUUGCAACCAGCAUUAAGAACACCUGCCAAAAAUGUCAAACCGAAGGUGUGUCUCCGUGUGACCCUUGUGAACAAAGGGGGGCGGCUGCACAGAAAGGCAGAACCGUGGGAAGGGGGGGGACAGGCAAGAAGCAGCAGCCCCGGAAGUCCCACAGAGGCAGGCUUCUAGCCAGGAAGCAAGAACAAGUCCCUAGCAAAGCCUGUGCUUUCAUUUCUAAAUAUCCUCAGCCUCCAGUUUCUGGCCCACAAAGGCCCCCCCUGGAGCAGCAGAAGCCCCUUGCUCAGCCCCUGCAUCUGAGGGGCCCCAGCAGCCCCACAAAGCCAGUCAGCCCUGUUCUGGGAGGCAUAGUCAGGCGCAGUAAGGUGAUGAGGGCAGCACAAGGGAACAUCUUACAACUCGGUGGGCCUUCUUCCCAAGACGACAGGCUGCUUUCCACCAGUUCCCAGGGGGACCACCAGAUGAGCUGGUUCAGCGACCUCAGCCUGGGAAGUUCAGAACCCCCUCUGUGCAGGGAGCCAAGCAAGAAUGUGCUCUAUGACCUGGGUUUUGAUAGCAGUGAUGAUGGCUUCUGACCAGCCCACAAAACGUCUGCAGCUGAUAGUUUAUUGGUCUCAGCUGGAAAGACAGAUGACAGCGCCCCGGGACUAACAGCAGAAAGCCCCCGAAGCCGAGGGGAGCGCCCGGGCUCAGAGGCCCUGCUGGGGGUCAGGGCGGGAUGGGUCUGGCAUUCUGGGUACCAGGUGCCGCCCAUGACAGGCCUCAGAGCUACACACAUCUUUAUGUAUCGGAGCGAAGCGUGUGAAGACCGUGGUGAGGAGCCGGGGCAGCAGCCUGGGUGUAGGGCAUGCGGGGAGGGUGCUGUUUCUGGUGAAAGGAGGGAUAUUGUGUGGCGGAAGGGCUCUCUCAGAACCAUUGGUGCGGCACCAUGACUCCCCAACACCACAUUUUUGGUCUUCACAAUACUUCCUACACAUAAACAAUAACUUUCCAGGCCUCAGUAGUUUUUUUAUUAUUAUUUUUAUCCAGUUUUACUGUCAGAGCACUUGCAUUUUUCGAUCAGUGGAGGUAUUAUUACAGAAUACACUAAGUCAAGUCUUCUUGUGUGAGAAACCGAGAAUGUUAAGCUGCCAAUCAAAGAGAGGUGACAUGCACCCAAUGAAUGCCCAGAGUGCCGCUGUACACGAGCCAACCAAUCCCAAUUUUCUUCCUGGCUCUUUGUCCCCAUUCUGUUUUCAACCACUCUUCAAGCUGGUGAGAGCAUCUAAGGGUCCAGUAAUAUUUCCGGAGGGCAUGGGGCUUAUAUGAAACUUUGGCUUUCUAUUUAUAUCUUGCAGAAGUUUUGAAUUUUUGUUAUACAUAUAUAUUUAUUUUGUAACAAAAAAUAAAACAUACAAAACAUUUAAAAGCAUAUGUUUUGGGGAGGGGGCGUGUGGGUGGCUCCGUUGGUUAAGCGUCCGACUCGAUUUCCAUUCAGGUCAUGAUCUCAGGGUUAUGAGAUUGAGCCCCACAUGUGGCUCUGCACUGAGCGUGGAACCUGCUUAAGCUCUCUCUCUCCCUCUCUCCCUCUGCGCCUCCCCCUACUCAAGCUCUCUUUCUCUCUCUCGAAACCCCACAAAAACCAAAACACUUAAAAGCAUAUUUUUUCAUUAAGUUUAUUGAAGUGAUCUCCCAUCAACUUAAGAAAAUCAAAUGGAUAAGAUACAUACCAUCUUUUUAUCCUGCAGGCUUCUCCCAAGAUGAUUUUGAAUAAAAAACAGCCUACUCAGACUGGUUUCUCUUCCUUUAUCGUUUGAAAGUAAAAAUCCUCACUGGAUGGAUUGGCUUCCAGAAUCUGCCCAUUUUCUUCUCUCUUUUUUUUUUUUAUAUUCUUUAUUUAAAUUCAAGUUAGUUAACAUAGAGUGUGUCAUUAGUUGCGGGGUUGGAUUCAGUUAUUCAUCGGUUGCAUAUGAGACCCUGUGCGCAUUAUAUCACGUGCGCUCCUUAAUGUCCAUCACCCAGUUACCCCAUCCCCCCACCCCGUCCCCUCCAGCAACCCUGUUUGUUCCCUAGAGUUAAGAGUCUCUUAUGGUUUAUCUCCCUCUCUGAUUUUAUCUUAUUUUUCCUUCACUUCCCCUAUGUUCAUCUGUUUUGUUUCUGAAAUCCCACAUGUGAGUGAAAUGGUAUGUCUUUCUCUGACUGACUUACUGAGUUUAGCAUAAUACCCUCUAGUUCCAUUCAUGUCUUUGCUCAUUUUCAAGGCUGUAGUAAAUGACACUAGGGCCUCUGAGUGGGCCAUUUAUAGAAAACAGUGUUCUUGGGCGCCUGGGUGGCUCAGUUGGUUGAGCGACUGCCUUCGGCUCAGGUCAUGAUCCUCGAGUCCCGGGAUCGAGUCCCGCAUCGGGCUCCCUGCUCGGCAGGGAGCCUGCUUCUCCCUCUGACCCUCCUCCCUCUCAUGCUCUCUGUAUCUCAUUCUCUCUGUCUCAAAUAAAUAAAUAAAAUCUUGAAAAAAAGAAAAAGAAAAAAAAAAAGAAAACAGUGUUCUUGAUUUUUUUCUUAUUUUUACAUUCUUUAUUUUCAAGGGUGUGUGUCCCACAAAAGUCUGAGUUUAAUUUGCCUUUGACACCUUUGGCAGGGAUACCAGGCACCAGCCUAAGCUGCUCUUACUCCCGUUUCCAGACCAAGGGCGUCCUGUGGCCUGUAGCUGGGAGCCCCAGGCAAUGGCAGCUGCCCUUUCCGAGGCCAAGGGCGUACAGACUUGGACUCUGCCUCAGGCUGCCCCGACCUUCUCUCUGCCUGUGAGCCUCACUGGAUGUCUGUUCACCCUGGCCUCUGCCAACCUCUACUGCCUUCCCUGCUGGGUCGCUCUGCCUGUGCAAGGGAGGCCUGCGAGGAAGGGGCCCAGCCACACCACGGGUUUCUUCCAGCCCUUCUCAAACUGACUACAGGUGGCUGUUGGGCGGUUAGCAUAAGGCUUGUAGGCCAUAGGGGUUUGUAUCGGGAAAUCUUUUAUUACUCUAAGUUGAAAAGUUUAGUCAUUUUGGGGCGCCUGGCUGGCUCCAGUUGGGCAGCUGCCUUCUGCUCAGCAGGGAGCCUGCUUCUCCCUCUCCCUCUGCCCCUCCCCCUGCUCGUGCUUUCUCUCUCUCUCAAACAAAUCAACAAAAAUCUUUAAAAAAUUAAAAAGAAAAAAGUUUAAUCGUUGUAAAUCGAAGUUGAGACCCUGUUGAGAGAACUCCAUCAAUAUUUAUGACUGUGGCCUUCUCAUUGAAGGGUCUGUCCAAUUUUGGAUUGCCAAAGCAGGACCCUCUGUUCUUUGAUUCUGUUGUGAGUUAUGAAAUCCUGUAUUUCUGGGGUGCCUGGGUGGCUCAGUCGUUAAGCGUCUGCCUUCGGCUCAGGUCAUGGUCCCGGGGUCCUGGGAUCCAGCCCCGCAUCGGGCUCCCUGCUCUGCAGGAGGCCUGCUUCUCCCUCUCCCACUCCCCCUGCUUGUGUUCCCUCUCUCGCUGUGUCUCUCUCUGUCAAAUAAAUAAAAUCUUUAAAAAAAAAAAAUCCUGUAUUUCUUCAGAAGGAUUUCUUUUUGUUAUGAAGUCAAAGAUCAAAGUGACUCAGUGUUCCAUGAGCUGGGUGUUUUUGCAGAAUGAGCAGUAAAUUUAUCUCCUAACAAGCCUGGGUUAAUUAAAAUUACACCGCCUGUCUCUGGUAAUCAUCAGGAAAGGAUAUUCUGUUUCUUAUUUUAUUCCUAAGACUUCUUUUUUUUUUUAAACUCCUGUGUUCCUGCCAGAUCUGGUGAGCGUGACAAAGCCCAGGCACAUCCCCAGAGCACACAACGUUUCUGGUUCUUUGGAUGCUGAUAGAGAUGUGGCUACACAGGGGCGGAUGUCGUGGGAGGUCUAGGGACCUAGGGCCCGGAGAGCCACCUAGGGGUGCCUCCCUCUGAUAAUGACCCCAGCUACAUCUGAGGAUGGAAACCACAUCACCUAAUUGUCUUGACAUUCAAGUAUCAAUUUAAAUGUCACCUACAGAGAGGCCUUUUAGUGACCUCUUCUGCAGAAGCUUGCCCUACUCCUUGCCCAUUCCCUUACCCUGUUUUAAUUCUCUCCCAUAGCUCC